AUGGGUGAAUCAGGCUUUGGUUCUGCUUUAGCAAAGUGCAUUAAUCUCUCAAAUUUGACACUUGAACUUUAUCUCAAUAAAAUUGGUGAUGAAGGUGCAUUAGGCUUAGGUUCUGCUUUAGCAAAGUGCAUUAAUCUCUCAAAUUUGACACUUGAACUUUAUCUCAAUAAAAUUCGUGAUGAAGGUGCAUUAGGCUUAGGUUCUGCUUUAGCAAAGUGCAUUAAUCUCUCAAAUUUGACACUUUUUCUUAAUCAAAAUUAAAUUGGUGCAAUGGGUGCAUCAGGCUUAGGUUCUGCUUUAGCAAAGUGUAUUAAUCUCUAAAAUUUGACACUUAGGCUUGAUCUCAAUAAAAUUGGUAAUGAAGGUGCAUCAGGCUUAGGUUCUGCUUUAGCAAAGUGCAUUAAUCUCUCAAAUUUGACACUUUCACUUUUUGGAAAUUAAAUUGGUGAUGAAGGUGCAUCAUGCUUAGGUUCUGCUUUAGCAAAGUGCAUUAAUCUCUCAAAUUUGACACUUUUUCUUCAUCAAAAUUAAAUAGGUGCAAUGGGUGCAUCAGGCUUAGGUUCUGCUUUAGCAAAGUGCAUUAAUCUCCCAAAUUUGACACUUUUUCUUCAUCAAAAUUAAAUAGGUGCAAUGGGUGCAUCAGGCUUAGGUUCUGCUUUAGCAAAGUGCAUUAAUCUCUAAAAUUUGACACUUAGGCUUGAUCUCAAUAGAAUUCAUGAUAAAGGUGCAUCAGGUUUAGGUUCUGCUUUAGCAAAAUGCAUUAAUCUCUAAAAUUUGGCACUUUUUCUUCAUGGAAAUGAAAUUGGUGAUAAAGGUGGAUCAGGCUUAGGUUCUGCUUUAGCAAAGUGCAUUAAUCUCUCAAAUUUGACACUUUCACUUUUUGGAAAUAAAAUUGGUGAUGAAGGUGCAUCAGGCUUAGGUUCUGCUUUAGCAAAGUGCAUUAAUCUCUCAAAUUUGACACUUUCACUUUUGUAAAAACAGUUUAUUUUUUUUGGAUUGUGA